UCGUGGAAAAAUAUUUAAAAUCAGUCUACAAUGGCAUAUGCUUUGAUUUUAAUUCCAUCGGAAAAAAAUAAUGAAAUAAUCGUUGAAACGAAGGACAUUUUGAGUUUUGAAAAAUAUAGUUUUUUAACAAGAAAUAAAAUUUAUUACAUCAUGAGGAAAAAAAAAAAGUGAAAUGUGUAAUCCUUAAAGUAGAAGAUGUAAAGGAAAAUUUGAAUAAUGGAAGCCGUAUUCGGACACCAAAAGUGAAUCCAUCGUCAAUGGAUACGAGUGAAGAGGAACCAGAAGAUUCAUUGACGAUGUUAGCGAGAAAAAAAAGAAUGUUUAAGAGACAAUUGGAAGCCAAUGUCCAACAAGAAAUGGUCAAUGAUAUAAUUAUGGCUCAUCAAAUGACACGUCAGGAAAAAAAUAAGGUUUCUGAGAAUUUGAGCUUGUCAAAUAGUGGCGAUGAAAUUGAAUCAGGAGCAUCAAAAGAUAACAAUAUUCCAAUGAGCGACGGAGCAAUGGAACCUCUUGCAUCACCAAAUUUUGAGUCAACCGAGAAAGAGGUAAUUACGCUUGUAUUAGAAACGGAGAAUCAACGGCCAAAAACACCAGCUAUUCGAGAAGAAGUGGUCAUUACGCCUGUAUUAGAAAUAGAAAAUCAACAGCCAAAAACACCAGCUAUACGAGAAGAUGAGGCCAUUGAAUCAACAUCAGGAACCCAACGGAAAUUUCCACCAGCAGUUACUAUUAAAGACAGUCGGGCAGUCGAACCUGAUGGACAAAGCUGUAAUUUAAAUACACUUUUAAAACAGAAUACGCUACUCAUGGCACAAAUUAAAAAAUUAAAAAUGCAAAACCAACAACUACAAAUUGGAAUAGCUCAUAAUCAACAACAGCAACAAGAGCAACCACCGCAACAACAACAAGCACAACAACAACAACCACAACAACAACAACAUCAUCAACAGCAGCAGCCGCAACAACAACCACAACAACAGCAGCAACAACAACAACGACAACAACAACUUCACUACCUAAAUUACCCACCGGCAGUACCGUUACAAAAUGUAAACCCCGUAAGAAUUUUUCCUGAUGGCAGGUUCCAUGUAGGUGACGAUUUGUAUAUUUUCAGUUCUGCAUAUGAAAAUGCCACAAAUGCAAACAACCCCUCUAAAUUUAUAACCACAAUGGCAUAUGCAGUCUGGGGGUAUGAAAAUUUAGCAACAAAAACCGUACGCAUGCAAGCCAAUACAAAACCUGACAAAUCUGAGCUAACUCCUCGGAAAAAAGAAUUAAUUACGCAACAUUUUAAAAAGUACCUUAAAGAAAAAAAUUUUCAUGAACAAAAAAUAUUUUACGAGUUAAAAAACGUAAAUACAUAUUUUGGUAGGGCCAUUACGGGAGCAGAAAAAAAAAUUAAAAAUAGGCAAGCCGGAAAUAAUUAAUCACUAUCGUUAUCAUCAUUAUUAACAUUACUUGUAUUAUCAUUAUUAUUACUAUUACUAAUAUCAUUUUUUUUGGCUUGAUUAACUGGCAAACAUCCGAUUUUUUUCAAAAAGUUCUACUUAUUUAUUUGGUGAUAUUUCAUGAACCCAUCACUCAAAUCCUCAGGCUUUAAAUUUACUUUUGAUGCAGAGAAAAAUAUUUUUUUUUUAAUUUUGUAUUCUUUGAAAUUGUAAUUAAAAAUUUUUGGCUUUUGUUCAUUAAUAUAGUUGAUAAUUUUUAUUAUUAAUUUUAUUUAUCUGAUUUUUUAUAAAAAUUUUGUGGACAAAUAUGGUAUAAAAAAUUUUUAAUAGAAAUGUAAUAAAUAAAAUUCAAUUAUAAAAAUUGUCAAAGAUAUAAGUAGACAACAAUAUUAACAAAAACAUAAAAUUUUCAAUUACAAUGUGAAAAAAUAAAAAAAUAUAAAAUUUAUAAAUAAAUAUUUUUCUCUAUAUCAAAAAUGAAUUAAUGGUUUAAAGAUAUGAGUAAUGGACUCACGAAAUAUCACCAAAUAAAUAAGAAAAAAAUUCUAAAAGACAUUAGAUGCUUGCCACUUAAUUAAACAACAAAAAUUUUAACCGAUCAAA